GCACAACUAGCCGCUCGACAUUUUAAUCAAGCUCACGCGACUCUUGAUUUCCCUUGGUCGCGUCUAUCCCUUCUCUGGUUGAUUCGCGCGCUUGUUGCCAUCACAUUUUGGUCAUCCCUUCAUCUAUGGUCUCGAUACCUACGCUGUAGCCCCGAGGGCAUUCCUCGCGAAAGCCUAUAUCAAAGAUACCCCCUUCUUUUGCUCUGGAACUUUGGCGAAGAAAUCCUACAUAACUCAUUCAUAAUGGAUGAUCAUAUUCCAAGACAUAGGGGACCCGGCGACACGCUCCAUCCUCAGUCCCAUCACGUCACACGAGCAGACAUCAGGAGCAAUAUGAUAGCCUCUGGCGAUCCUUGGUCUGACGACGCCCCUGUGGAUAUCGAUACCUGUCGAAUCUGCAGGGGGGAAGGCACCGACGACGAACCGCUCUUCUUUCCUUGCAAGUGUAGUGGGAGUAUAAAAUAUGUCCACCAAGACUGCUUGAUGGAGUGGUUGUCUCAUUCCCAGAAGAAGCACUGCGAGCUUUGCAAGACUCCUUUUAGGUUCACCAAACUUUACUCGCCCGAUAUGCCUAAGCACUUGCCUUUCCACAUAUUCAUUCACCACAUGACGAGGUACUUGCUUCGGAACUUCCUUGUAUGGCUCAGAGCGGCCUUAGUAACCAGCGUUUGGCUUGGUGGGCUGCCAUAUUUGAUGCGAUCGAUAUGGUCAUUCUUGUUCUGGAUAAGCGAUGAGGGCUUGGGUGGCACAGCAGCGCUCCUUGAUUCCCGCAAUAUGGCUUCCGCGCAAGGGGCUAACGCCUUGUCCAUAACUGUGGCGGGCACGGGCACGACCAUGUGCCCAUCGACACCCCUCUUAGCCACGGCCACUACACCUGCCUCUCUAAGCAGUCUUAUGCAUGAGCUUCCAUUAUCUGCAAUGUUGAAGGCUGCAGGUAGACCUACUAAUAUUAGCACCACCCAUACAUGGUUGCGCAUGUUGUUCGGCCUACCACCUCAACCUCACGCUCCCGCCCUUGAAUUUCCCAACAAUGUAAAUGUGACGCUACUUCACAGGAUGACCAAGACCGUAUUAUCCGAUUCCCGGCGAUCUCUUCUGAGUGAUGUUGGUUUCUUGAAUCGUAUAACUGGGAAUCCAGCCGUGAAUCGAAUCAUCAUACAUAUACUUGAGGGGCAAAUCAUCACACUUCUUGCAAUCAUCUGCUUUAUCCUAAUUAUUCUGGUCCGUGAUUACGUCGUCCAGCAACAGCCCGAGAUCAACAUGCGUGCUGCUUUUGCAGCUGUUGAGGAUGCUGAAAACGAUAUGGCAGCGGCUGCCCCCCCUCCACAGCCAGCACAGCAGGCACCACAAGCACCAGAAGUACCACGAGCAGCACAAGGCCCACCUCUUCCACACAUCGACAUCCCUAUAAACGAUUCGGAUUCAGACGAGGACAGCAGAGACGAUGGGGAAGAUGGCGACCAGAACGAUAGUAACCCUCUCGCACACGAUGAACAUAGGGGUAUGCGUCCAACCGAGCCUUUGCCUGAAAUCAUUCGGCCCAACUUGCGACCUAGGCCUAUUGUGGGUAUGGGAAGACGUCCCAUAUUGAAUAUCCCUGAUCAAGUUCAGACAAGCCGCGGUUCUUCACCAGUGUCUCCAAGGAGUCCUAGAGGAUUCCUUGACGACGGGCAAGCAGGAUUUUUGCGUGAGCCGAGUCCACUCGGAGUGGAUAGGGAUAGAUCUUCAGGACAAAAUAGGAUUGGUGAAUAUAUGCGAAUUUACAAGGCUGCCGACGGGGACGAUGACAAAAUACGCGAAAUAAUUCGACGAGAAGGCCUUGACGAAGCUCGAUUUGGUCAUUUGUUGCGUAACCGCUCAGUAUCGCCAUCAUCUGUGGUGGCUGAGAAGGCGUGUAGUGACAGCUCUAGUUGGACUUGGGCUGGCUCUGAUGAUGAAAUUGAGGUAACAACUGCACCAUCUACUGUGAAUAAGGGCAAGGGAAAGAUCAACGAUACUGGUGAUGAGAAAGGCCAGGCGCCACUAUCUCCUGCCAGCCUCAUCCCUUCGAGUUCUCGACCGCGGGCCAUAUCCGACGGACCACAGCCCCAUGAAAUAAUCAAUCCCCUGGCCAAUAACAGCUGGUCGUUUUCUAAUCUGGCUUCCGACGACACUGCUCACACCCAUGAUCCUGAAUCGGAUGCAUUCUUGUUUGACUCCACAGCUUCUGAAUUCGAGAGUGAUUCCGCCAUCCGAUCAAAUACUAAAGCAAGAGAGCCCUCGGUAGCUGGCAAUCCUCCUGUUAUCUCGUCUUCUCCGAACCAGUCGUCUGAUCAUUUGCCAUCUCGAUCUGAGCCGGGUGUGGCAGCAGCCCCAGCGAAUCUGACAGAAGAGAUGCUUAUCAAUGCACCGCAACCAACGGCCAUCGAAGGUGAAGCCGGCUCUGUCAUAGCUGUGCGUGGUCCGGACGCAGAUACCCGACCUAUUAUAGCACCUCCGCAGCAACCUAACACUAUUGCUGGCCGUGUCGCAGAUUUCAUGUGGGGUGAUGUUCCACUUGCUGAUGCUGCUAUGAACCAGGAGGCGGUGGAUAUCUUUGGUGACAAUCAGAAUCCCCCAUUCAUGCACGGUGGCCAUGGCGAUGGAAAUGGCGAGGAGGAACUACCAGAGGGAGAUCUGCCGAUGCCGGAGAUCGCAGAGGCUGCUGUUCCUGCCGGCCUUGACGCAGAGGCUGUUGACGAUGCCGAAGAUUUCGAUGGUAUCAUGGAGCUAAUAGGCAUGCGAGGUCCAUUAGCUGGUCUCUUCCAGAAUGCUGUCUUUUGUGCAUUCCUCGUGUCGAUCUCGAUCUUCUUUGGCAUAUUUGUCCCUUACAAUAUCGGGAGGGUAGCUGCCUGGGUACUUGCCAACCCUACUCGUCUCUUGAAGAUGCUAUUCAGCUCCGCCAAGCUUGUCCAAGACGUUGUGCUCCUCGCAGUUGGCUAUACAUCUACAUUUAUUUUCAACAUACUCGAGGCCUUCAGACUCAUUCUAGGAGCCAGUCAUGGUAAACACAUCUUACGGACCUUGCGACUAGAUGCGAGGCAGAUUACCGCCAGUGCCGUCGACCGAAUUGCGAUUAGUUUCACAUCCGAGAUGCCCCUGUUGUCCAGUAUAGAGAUGCAUAACUUCUCAGCUGUCAGCCAUCAAGCCCUUCUCGACCUCAAAGGCAAUUUACGUUAUUGUACAUUGACUUUGGGAAACGUGCUGGUAUAUGUGUUUGGAGGCAACUACUUAUCGAAAUGGUCAGAUAUUCUGGAUCUCUGGACGUUCAUUAGCUCUACAAUGAUUACGUUUCUGAGCCAUUUACCUCAUACCAGCUUGCAUCCUAGCUUAUGGAUGGUUGACUUCAACUCUCCGGUAGCAUCCUCACCGCCCAAUGCCGCUCUUGCGUACUGGGGUGCUCAAGAUAGAAGUUGGGCGAUUCUCCUCGGCUAUGCUUCUCUCACCUUCCUAGCUGCACUCUAUCUUAGUCGGGGAGCGACGUUCGCGACUGGGCAAGCCGCACAAGAAUGGGAGGCCUCCAUUAUAGACGCACUCAACCAGGCAAGUGGUGUGAUGAAGGUCAUUCUAAUUAUUAGUAUUGAGAUGCUAGUAUUCCCUCUCUACUGCGGACUCCUUCUAGAUUUCGCCCUCCUACCGCUAUUCGAGAAUACGACUCUAAAAUCGCGUCUGUUGUUCGCCUAUAAUUACCCAUUGACUUCCAUGUUCGUGCAUUGGUUCAUCGGUACCGGUUACAUGUUUCACUUCGCGCUCUUUGUCGCCAUGUGCCGGAAGAUCAUGCGGAAAGGAGUCUUAUACUUCAUUCGCGAUCCCGAUGAUCCUGAGUUUCACCCGGUUCGUGAUGUUUUAGAACGCAACGUUACUACCCAGCUCCGUAAGAUCUUGUUCUCGGCCUUUGUUUACGGAGCCCUAGUCGUGAUAUGUCUAGGCGGUGUUGUCUGGGGCCUCUCUCUGAUAUUACCGGCCGUGCUCCCCAUUCAUUAUACUUACAACGAACCUGUACUGGAAUUCCCAGUCGAUCUGCUUUUCUGUAACUUUCUCAUGCCUCUGGCCGUCAAGUUUUUCAAACCUAGUGAUGGUUUGCAUACUAUGUACACCUGGUGGUUCCGCCAGUGUGCUUCCGCAUUGCGGCUGACAUGGUUCCUAUUUGGAGAACGACGCGUUGAGGAAGAAGGACAGCUUAUGGAAGGUGAAGGUCCCAAUUCCUACAGAUUAUGGCCAUGGCGCAAUAUGUUCCUUGGGGUCAAUGUAGAGAGCCAGGUGGCCCCUAAACGUUGGAGAGAUUAUUUCAGCGACGGGGAUUCGAAGCCAGCCACUAAAAUAGAAAAAGAGAAGAUGCUUAUUAUGAACGACCAAAAGAAGCUACUCGUUGAUUCUGGUAGGCUUGUUCCCGAUGGUCGCUUCGUUCGUUCACCUGCAUCGGACCAGGCCAAGAUUACCAAAGGACAUUCGGUUUUUACAGACGUCUCAGAGCAGGAGAUGGGGCAGAAUUACGAGACCGAUCAGUCAGAGGCCGAUCGACCAGGGACAGAGCCUCAGUCAAACAACCAGUUUCAAAUAGUCUACAUACCACCCUGGUUCCGGACCCGCGUCUCAGUCUUCAUCAUGUCCAUCUGGUUUUUCGCCGCCGUAACUGGCGUGGGCUCUACGAUUUUACCCCUUAUCCUUGGGCGGCGUAUAUUCAAAGCCCUCGUGCCUCCGCACAUUCGUACAAACGACAUAUAUGCGUUCAGCAUAGGCGUCUAUGUUCUCAGCUCCGCCAGCUAUCUCGUAUUCCAUCUACACGCUGCUUAUGACAUGGUUCGAGAAUGGACAACAUCUGUUGUAAGCUCUAUGCUUGACCGUAAUGUGUUACGGCGAAUGAUCCGCUUGGCCUAUCGUACGGUGAAACUAGCAUACGCAUAUAGUAUGCUUCUCAUGGUUUUCCCGAUCUUGAUCACUGCCUUAGUAGAAAUGUAUGUCCUCAUUCCUCUGCAUACUUAUAUGGGGACGAGCGGUACAUUACGUCUUGAUACUAGUCAAGAUGGGCACACUGUUCGGAUUAUACAGGCAUGGACACUUGGCAUCCUGUAUCUCAAACUAGGCUCACGGGCUCUCACCCUCUAUGGCGGACGACCUUCACAUGCCGUCCGCGCCGUCCUACGUAACGGUUGGCUGGAGCCUGAUGUCGGCGUGUUGACUCGUGCAUUCGUAAUCCCCGGUUUUGUGGCCUCCGGGAUCAUGUUAUUGAUGCCCCCUCUAUUCGCAUGGGCCACGCUGAACUGGGCCGUCGAUAGCAGCACCAAGGUCUCGUACGAAACGCAAGUCUCCGCAUACAGGCUCGCGUAUCCACUGACAGCACUGUUCUGGGCCGGCUUGCUCAUGCUGCGGAGACUGCUCCGCAUCUUCGAGGGCUGGCAGAUCCGCAUCCGGGAUGAGGCGUACCUUAUGGGGGAGCGUCUUCACAAUUUCACGGGCACGGCUGCUAAGGCUACGGGUUGGAGGGGCAGUACGAGGAUGUAAAAAUAAAGAAAUAAACAAGGAAACGAGAGGAAGACGCUGGAGUUCCGCUAUCUAUCUAUCUAUCUAUCUAUCUAUGAAGAGUGUACCGUAU